UCGAUGAAGAUCAGUGUCCAAUUUCUCAGCAUUUUUUGCAGGAAUUCCAAAGGGUUGAUAUACUUUUUUCCUCCCAGGUUGUGUCCGCUUUCCAGUAAAUGCGGGUCUCGCCCUCACCUGCAGGCUCAGCUACUUAAGGUCACCUCCAGUUCUUGGUGUUUGUUUUGCCCCAAACGUUUGCAGAUUCCAAUCAGGCAACGGCAGCAAUAGUCGUGGCAGUCAAGAGUCAAGUCACACGAGACCUGCACAUAAUAAUAGAUAUGUUUCUUUUUUUUUUUUUAAUAAAAAAACAGAAGAAAAUAACACGGGGAUGCUGUUUUUCCUUUGCCAGUUUUUGUUGGCUGCAGGUCUUCAUUCUUGCUCCAGGAACACGACAACAUAUUCCGUCAUGCAACCAUUUGCAAGUGAACGCGUCCAGAGUUUCAGACGGAUGAAACGGGAAUGGGUCAUCCCUGACAUCAACGUCCCAGAGAAUGACAGAGGUCCAUUCCCCAAGUUCUUGAUUAAGAUUAAAUCGAGCAACGAGGAAAAGGUGGCCAUCACCUACCUGGUGGAAGGCCCCGGGGCCGACCGGGCCCCCGAGGGCGUCUUCACCGUGGAUCGGCGCUCUGGCGUUCUUUACGUGACCCGACCACUUGACAGGGAGAAAAUAAGCAGAUAUGUUCUAAUAGCACACGCUACGGUCGACGACUCCAAGGCCGAAGAACCAAUGGAGCUGGUCAUCAAUGUGCUGGAUCAGAACGACAACGCCCCAGAAUGCACUGGCGCGCCUUUUUAUGGAAACGUCAGCGAAAGCGCAGACGUUGGUGAGUCGUUCAUGAGGAUAACGGCAGUGGACAAGGAUGCGCCCAAUACAGACAACGCGGACGUUCGCUAUCGACUGAAGACUCAGACGGCUCACAGCCCCAAAGACAAAAUGUUUAGCAUCAAUCCAUUCAACGGAUUGAUCAGUACGAUGUCCGAGGGCCUCGACAGAGAGACGCAGCCAAAGUACAAGCUGAUCAUGGAGGCUGCCGACAUGGCAGGAGAGGGUCUCCGUACCACGUGUACCGCCAUCGUCAGCAUCACUGACAGCAAUGAUCACGCCCCACAAUUCGCCUUCACGUCAUUGUCUGCUUCUACGCCUGAAAAUGACGUUGGCCGUGAGGUGCUACGGCUAACGGUGACGGACGAGGACGAGUUAGGAACACCCAACGCCAACACCAAGUACGCAAUCAUCGGAGGCAACCACAGAGGCCACUUCAGCGUCGAAACAGGACCCUCGAAAAUGGAGGGAAUACUCACUACGGCCAAGGCUUUGGACUUUGAGCGUGAGCCUGUGCUCAAACUGCUACUGGUGGUAACAAACGAGGCUCCGUUCAGUGCGCCCGUGUCCACCUCCACGUGCACAGUCACGGUAACCAUCUUAGACCAGAACGAGCCACCCAUUUUCACGCCAUCGCUCAUCCACCGGAUCUUCUCGGAGGGGCCGCCAGAGGGGAGUCCGGUGGCAGACCUCAGAGCUGAGGACCCAGAUACCGCAAAAUACCAACGUGUCAGAUACGCGCUCCACAAUGAUUCUGCCAGGUGGUUGGAUAUUGAUAAGGAUAAAGGCGCCGUCAGAGUCAGAGGCAACAUGGACAGAGAGUCUCCGCAUGUCCAAGACGACAAGUACACCGUGCUGGUUUUGGCCUAUGACAAUGAGACAGUGCCAGCUACCGGGACGGGGACUCUGCUCGUGAACUUGUUAGAUGUGAACGACCACCGUCCGGUGAUCAAACAGAGGAAAGUCAGGCUGUGUAACAGGGAGCCCGCCCCAGCCCUGCUAGACCUGGAGGACCGGGAUGGAGCGGGUCAUGCCGGACCCUUCACCGUGGAGCUUCAAGGGGAGCACGGCAUCAACUGGACUGUUGGCAUCAACUCCACAAGCCACGUGGCCAAGUUGUCUCCCAGACGGGUGUUGUCGCCCGGGGACUACCAGGUGGUGAUGCGCGUCUACGAUGCCGACAUGCUCUCCCAGGACAGUUCUGUCCACGUGGAGGUUUGUCCGUGUCAAGGAGAUGUCAUCAACUGCUUUGUGCCACGAGAAGCUCCUCCAGAACCAAGUCGCCUCCCCUCCUUGGCCACGUCUGCUCUGGGAACAGUUCUCGGCCUUUUGCUCCUGCUGCUGUUACUGCUACUUUUGCUGAGAAGGAGGAGAGGCAGAAGCGACACAAAAGUUCACGUUGGGCAGCUUAAGAAUGUGCCGAGGGACAACGUCUUCUACUAUGACGACCAGGGAGGGGGCGAAGACGACCGGGUGCGGACACUUUAUUGGGAAUACGACCUUGGACAGCUGCACACAGGACUGGACCAUCACCUCGAGGUCUUCUGCGCGGACGUUCGUCCGAGUCUUCGCAGUCAAGCCGGCUUCCGCCUAAGCCGUCGACCCACUGACGACAUCAACAAAUUUAUUGAAGACAAGGUGCGCGCUGCAGUCACCGACCCCACGGCGCCCCCCUACGACUCCCUCCUGGUGUUCAACUACGAGGGGCUCGGCUCGGAGGCGGCUUCGCUCAGCUCCAUCUGGUCCGAGGACUCGGGCGAGGAGGGGGACUUUGAUGAGUGGGACCUGCAGGGACCGUGCUUUCGCAGCCCGGCUGACGUGCAGGACUGUGACGACUUGCAAACGCUGCCGGGAAAAACUGAGUGGGUCUGACAGACUGUGAAAGGGUUAUCCUUAAAAAAUACAUCAAUCGCGUCAUUAACAUAAAAAUAAUCCUAAUGGAAAGCCCAAAUGAUUUUUGGACUCGGAUUUUUUGUUUCAUUUGUAGAAACUGAAAAUAACGUUUCUUAAUUUUACAUGCAUUUAUUAUUGUACUCACCAAUGAUUUAAUU